GGGGGCCUCGGAGGUAGAGAACGCACGCCUCCGGAGCGUGGACCAAUGGCUCCGAGAGAACGGCGAGCCCACCGUCCAUCCGGGGUAUUUAAAGCGCGCCACUGUGUGCGGUUCGCGAUAAGGUACACUCGCGCGUUCGGGGAAUCGUCGCCGAAGGUUUCCAGAAGUUUUUCCCUCUCGGAUCUCUCCCGGAGAAGUCGUCACGAUGACCACCUACACCGACAAAGGGCCGAAGCCUGUCGGAGGGAAGUUCCUCAGCUUCGACCACGUGAAAUUCUGGGUCGGAAAUGCAAAGCAGGCCGCCAGUUUUUACCGAUGCCGCAUGGCCUUCGAACCUUUGGGAUAUCGUGGUUUAGAAACUGGUUCCAGACGAACAGCCGCGCAUGUUGUGAAGCAGAACAAAAUCAUAUUUGUAUUCGAGUCACCCUACGAGCCUGACGAUGAAGAGAUGUCGAGGCAUCUCACCAAACACGGGGACGGAGUGCGAGAUGUGGCGUUCAGCGUCGAAGACAUCGACACCAUUGUGAAGGUCGCCAAGCAAAAGGGUGCCAAGAUAAUGCGCGAAAUUUGGGAAGAGAGCGACGAGUACGGCAUCGUGAGGAUGGCUACUUUGAAAACCUAUGGUGACACGCUACACACGCUCAUUGACCGAACAAAGUACAAGGGCUUCUUCUUGCCGGGCUUCAUAAAGGCAUCGGAAGACUGUCUUCUCAAACAAUUACCGCGAGCGAACCUGAAUUUCGUGGACCAUGUGGUGGGCAAUCAGCCCGACAAGCAGAUGGAACCUGUCGCUAAAUGGUACGAGGAGUGUUUGCAAUUCCACCGAUUUUGGUCGGUGGACGACACGCAGCUGCACACGCAGUACUCGGCACUACGGUCCAUCGUAAUGACGAAUUGGGAGGAGACGGUGAAGAUGCCGAUCAACGAGCCCGCGGCGGCCAAGAAGCGCUCGCAGAUCCAGGAGUACGUCGAGUACUACGGCGGUGCUGGCGUGCAACACAUCGCCCUCAACACCAGCGAUAUUAUUACGGCGAUAACGCAUCUACGCGCGCGGGGGAUGGAGUUUCUCGAGGUGCCUGACAGUUACUACGAUAUGCUGAAGAACCGCCUGAAAGCCAGCGGCACGAAGAUCGUGGAGGACUUGGAUAUACUGCAGAAACUGAAGAUACUGAUAGAUUACGACGAGAACGGCUAUCUCCUGCAAAUAUUUACGAAGAAUAUGCAGGAUCGGCCGACGUUGUUCCUCGAAGUCAUACAGAGGCGCAAUCACAACGGCUUCGGUGCCGGCAACUUCCAGGCGCUGUUCGAAGCGAUCGAAUUGGAACAGGCGAAACGCGGAAACUUGUAAAAUAUAUAUCGACACAUUUAUCAGACUAACAGAGCAUGAUCCAUCGGCGUAAAGUCAGUUCUACACGACGCAGCGCGACGGUAACAAACGUACGCCACUGUUGGUCAAUGUAACACAUUAGCCGCUUCGUGGUGUGUGUAUGUAAAUUUUUUAUCUCGACAAGUGAAUUUUUGUAUCAGCUGAACAUUGGCCGGGCUUCCGUCGUAUUUCGUGCCGGAGCCAGCCUCAAGCUGGAUGCGCUCGUGGAACGUAUAAUAAACACGUCACUACCAAUUAAUUCCGUAUUCUUGUAUUUAAUGGCCAACAGUCGUAUUACAAAAAUACACAGCAUUAAUGUAAAAUAUGUUACAAUACAUUUUGAAGCGUA